CUUAGGUCUUCGCUUCGUAAACGCAACAGCGAUAGAGAAGAGAAUAACUGAGAGUGAAGUAGGAUCUGAAUCAACAAUGGCGAAGCAAGAGACUCACGCCGUCGUUUCCGAUCUCAUCGACUUCCUCAACGCUUCUCCCACGGCUUUCCACGCCGUCGACGAGGCCAAGAAGCGUUUGCAAAGCGCGGGUUUCCACCAACUCUCGGAGAAGGAGCUCUGGGAACUGCAACCUGGCAACAAGUACUUCUUCACCAGAAACCACUCCACCAUCGUCGCCUUCGCCGUCGGCAAAAGGUACGUCGCUGGAAACGGAUUCUACAUAAUCGGCGCUCACACCGAUAGUCCUUGCCUCAAACUCAAGCCUGUCUCCAAGGUAACUAGCUCUAGCUGACUGAACCUGAGUCAAUAGAUUAAUAAUUCGUGUAU